GCUCCUGCACCGCUGGGGCGCAGCUCGCCGCCGGCUGUCGGGGCGCGGAAGGAGGUAGGGGCCGCCGCACCUCCGGGGCAGCCCGGCGGCCGCACCAAGGUUUAGCUUCUGCACGGCUCAGGGGCUGCGGUAUUCCAGCAGCUGCAGAUCUUUUAUUCCUACAAAUCUCUGCAAAGACAAGUUAUGUCAACAACUACAUUAAUUAAUUUGGUACGGAAUGGUGGGUAUCAAGUAAGAAGGAGAGCUGUGCUGACAUCCCGCCUCUUGCAAGACGAGAAGCGUCCAACAACUGCCUGCUACAGCUCCACCUCUGAGCAUCGUGCUUCCCGCUUCGAUCCAGAUGGGAGCGGGCGACCUACCACAUGGGAUACCUUUGGCAUCUGGGACAAUCGCAUUGAUGAACCUAUUCUCCUCCCACCAAGCAUAAAGUAUGGGAAACCAAUUCCAAAAGUAAGCCUGGCCAAUGUGGGCUGCAGUAGCCAUAUUGGGAAACGCAAGGAAAAUGAAGACCGGUUUCAUUAUGCCGAGCUGACAAAGGAUGUCCUGUACUUUGCAGUAUAUGAUGGACAUGGUGGGGCAGCAGCAGCUGAUUUCUGUGAUAAGUACAUGGAAAAAUAUAUGAAAGAAUUUCUUGCCGAGGAGGAGAACUUGGAAAAUGUUCUGAAGAAAGCUUUUCUAGAAAUCAACAAAGCAUAUGAAAGGCAUGCUCAUCUGUCUCCUGAUGCAACUCUGAUGAACUCUGGGACCACUGCAACAGUGGCUCUGCUCCGGGAUGGUAUUGAGCUAGUUGUGGCAAGUGUGGGAGACAGUCGUGCUUUGCUGUGUCGAAAGGGGAAGGCCAUGAAACUCACCACUGACCAUACUCCAGAAAGAAAAGAAGAGAAGGAAAGGAUUAGGAAGUGUGGUGGCUUCAUUACCUGGAACAGCGUGGGACAACCUCAUGUGAAUGGUAGACUUGCAAUGACACGGAGCAUAGGAGAUUUGGAUCUUAAAAACAGUGGUGUGAUAGCCCAGCCAGAAACAAAAAGGGUUCAGUUGCAGCAUGCCGAUGACAGCUUCCUGGUCCUCACUACAGAUGGUAUUAACUUCAUGGUGAACAGUCAGGAGAUCUGUGACUUCAUUAGCCAGUGCCAUGAUCCCACUGAAGCUGCCCACGUUGUUACUGAGCAGGCAAUACAGUUUGGCACUGAAGACAACAGCACAGUUGUCAUAGUGCCAUUUGGAGCGUGGGGGAAGUACAAAAAUGGUGAGAUCAACUUUUCCUUCAGCCGCAGUUUUGCUUCCAGCGGGAGGUGGGCAUGAAGACCUGCCACAGCUAUCUUUUCCUGCCAUUAAUUUGGGCACAGUGUGCUACAGGAGAAAACACCCAUCUGUUCAUAGGCUGA